CAUUAAUUACAGGGAAAACGGUAUAUUCGGAUCGACAUACCUCCGCUGUCGACAGAAAACAAACACACACCCUGCAGUGGCUGUGGUGUAGGUGUUAAGAAAUCAGGGUGUGUUUGGGUGUGGGGGUCAGAUUUAGACGAGUGGGGAAGACCUUGUGUAGCCUGCCAACGACAGUCGCCAACUGUGUGACAUGGUCGCCAUGCAGUGACACGGCCUGUAGCCGAUCGAUCGUGCACCGACACAGCACACUGCGCAGCCGGAACACGAACGUUGCUCGCCGGGACUUCCCGCUUACCUCUCGUGUUUUGCCCCUCCAUCACACACCUGUCGCAUGAAAAGACUUGGAGGAGUGGAAUGGAAACGGAACUUGGAACUGACCCACGCCUGACUGAACCACUCCACACCGUUAAUGUUUCGCUUCUCGUCAUCGAAGCGGAUAUGCACCAUCCGCAGGUAAAAGGAACUACAUCACACGACUGGAAAGUAUACCUGCCUCGGUAACAACAAACAACAAAUUUUCAUUGGCCACAAACAAUGACAGGAUGUCUGCCAAAUCUUGUGUACUCAGCUCUCAGUGAUCUAGACAUGGUGACACACUUCACGAUCAGAUCAUAAAAGCAGAAAACUAAGAAGCUAAGCGGAAGACAAUGCCUGUUCCUCUAGUCUUCGCCCACAGACACAUCGCCUACAAGAUUGCCUGCGGAGUGCUCGCCCUUGCUGCACUCCUCGCCAUCUUCGGUGUCAUAUCCCCGGGGUGGUACUACAUCGUAAACUCAGACACAGGUGCCAGUAAAUAUUCCCAUCUCUGGAUAAGUUGCCAAGAUGGUCUCUCAAACUGUCAUGGCGUCUCUUCGCCUGAAGGCUUUGAGGUGGCAGCUCAGGUCUUUUCCUGCAUUGGACUACUGGUCCUCAUCGCUGCGUGUUUCCUAGCGGUCUUCCUCAACUUCAUGACACAGAAUUCUGCACACAACCGCUGGCUGGAAAUCACAGUAUUUGUAGGAGGCGGUCUUCUGUUCCUGGGAGCUUUAACGUUUGCUGCAGGAGGCACAAAGGAAGUUAACGCGACACAUGAAAUCUUUGACAUCCGCUUUGGUUAUGCGUUAGCGAUGACCUUCACGGCCGCCAUUUUGGUUCUUCUUGCCGGCUUCGUCGUCUUCGUCUUCAAUCGCCCCAUCGAGGUUGCCAGUGAGAUGACGUCACUGUCGGCCGUGCAGCGGCGUGGCCGCGUGGAGGGCACGCGCAACGUGGAUGACGACGACAGCACUGGGGGGUUCGAGAGAAACGGACAGGUGCCGAACCGUUCACUAGCGACCCCUGUAGAGCGGAAUUACAACCCUCCUCCGUACGUUCCACCCCAGAGUAGCGCGCCUGACGAGUUCGAAGUCCUGCAGCCCCAACAUGGCGGCUAUUACAACUAUGGACUGACCGUUUAUGAUGACGAAGAGGUCGAGGGACCUUCGAGGGAGCGGGACUUGGGAGAGCCUACGCCGGCCCUGAAUCACGCCCCUGUACGCUACGUCAGAAACGGGGAUCCUGCAGGGAGGUGCACUUCGGCAGACCCCCGGAUCGCAUUGAAGAUUCGUGGCAAGCCGCCAGGCCCCAGCCUACCACGCAAGCAACGAACCGAGACCCUCGUGGAUCUUCUCAGCAGUCGCCGCCUUACUACGAAAAUUUUCGCCUCGGAGCUCUACCCAGCAGAGGGCGCAUCGAGUCGGCUCCGUCUGCCGCGGAAUGGCCGAUGUCACGCGACCUGAGGUCAUCAGGGGACAGUCCCCCUGCACGGCGAGAACUACCUCGCUCUGCCUCCGUGGGUGACGACCGACUGACAGCAGAUGACAUGACAUCACAUGACUACGCAAGGACUCCGCGGUAUGGCAUGACACCGCUCUACGCCAACAUGCCGACUGCCGAGAGAAGCGAAGAGAGAGGCGGGUUUGUCCGGGGGCAUAACUCUUCUAGUGCAGAGGAGCUGAGGAGCCACGGGGCUGGUGUGGCACUGACAGGAGACCGUUAUCGACCCGCAGAUUAUCGUUCAAAUCCCCCGCAGCACCAGCACCAGCACCACCACCACCACCACCACCAACAACAGUUUGAUAGAUCAGAACAGCAUGACUCCGUGAGAGGGGUACCACCGCCACCCUAUACAGCCACAGAGGUGUAGGUUUUACAUGUGAACGAUGUUCGUUUGAUUUGUGGGGUGGCCAGUACGGACAGAGAUGGCGUGUCCAUGUGUGUGCUUGUGGAGGGAAAGGUGGAAACGAACCCCAAUAAUCACUAAAUGUAUUUCCGCGGUUGAAAUGAUGGAUACUUUCGUGCGGAGAAGUGAACUCAAUCAGUUAUUUUAUCAUGAACAACCGCUGGUCUGGACUAGACACUGUCAUAGGAUCGACAUAAAGCAAAAUUCAGACCUGUGCUAAGAAGUGGACACACUUCCCCAGCACCUCUGCAGUCCUUCUGAGACAUGUGAGACAAACAUCUGACCCAUCAACACUCCGGCCCUUACAGCACAGAAGCCUUAAACACUUUCUCUACUUGUCCAAUCGUUUGAGGAAAACAAACAGAAGAAAUCCUUUUGAAAUUGUCUUACCUAUCUUAUCACUGUAGUUUCUUUUAACUCAACUAUCGAGACAAUCUAGCGAAAUCAUCGUUACCAAGGUAAGAGAGGAAAGAAAGAAUGACAAAAAUAUUGUGUACAGCAUGCAUGUUGAUUUAAUGUUUGAUCUGUGAUAACCGUUUUAACUGCAAAUAAGUUUACCUACAGAAAGUAGAUGUAUCCAAUGUCAGAGAUAUACCCAGUCCCAGGCACACGUGAUAAUGAUUGAGACUAACUUGCGAUAGCGCAGCAAGUAAAACAAUCUUCUGACCUACAGAGGUCCGAUGCACGUGCAACAUGACAGAGACGAUAAACCGAGUAAACCUUACACUUCGCACUUAAAGUGUGGCUGUUCACAACAUCCACAGAAUUGUGAAGCAGAUCUCUCUCUCAGGCUUGUGAGAUCGGUUUCUGGAAUGUAGGAAUCGUACCCGUCAACCUCCAAACGAAAUGGAUUUUCAUGUUGUGUUACUGAUGUGAAUUACACAAACAACUUUCCUACCUUCAGCGGUUGUGUGCGGGCAAAGGAGUGUGGGUAGGAGGGAGAAUUCACGCCAGUAGUUGUCUAAAACUAAAUUUUGUUACAGUCUGCUCACAGAAACUGCUGCCUCAAGAGAUAUAUGUCUCCAAAGAAAUGACUUAUGAGUUUGCUGUUCAUCAAAUACAUAAAACAGAUAUCGUACUUGACACACACACAACCCCCGUCUGCAUGUAAGUCUGUACGUGCAUGUGUAUGUUCUUCGUUGCAAGUGGUUUAUCUGUGGAAAACAACAGCGAGCUUGUUUUUUCGAUUUUUUUAAUCGUUUAAAACUUAACCAUGACAGUUUCAAAAAUUUCAGUUUUUAAUAAAGAAACUAAAAAGAGA